GUGGGGUGCCACUAUAAGAUAUCAUUAAACAACCAGGUCCGGUACUCCUUCCACAUCCUACGAUCUUACAAGAUGUCCAUCUUCUUAUUAUGCUUAUUAUUCCGGUUCACGUAUGGGUUAACAGAAAUAGACAAAAAUUACUGGAAGGAGUCCGAUUUGAAUGAUCUUCACGAAAGCUUGGAUGUUGCAUACAACACCAACAUCGCUAAAAACGUCAUCAUCUUCAUCGGUGACGGAAUGGGUCCGAAUACCGUCACCGCAGCAAGAAUCUAUAGCGAAAGCGAAAGUGGAUACCUGUCCUGGGAAAGAUUCCCUCACCUUGGAGCUAUCAAGACAUACGCUGCAGAUAAACAAGUCCCUGAUUCUGCCAACACUGCAACUGCCUUAUUUACUGGCACGAAAACUAAUUACGGAACUGUGGGGGUCGACAGCAACGUAAAGAGGUACGACUGUGAAGCUAGUCUUGUAGAAGAAAACAAACUUAUAUCAGUUGCAACCUCUGCUCAGGAAGCCGGAAAGUCUACGGGCUUCAUCACAACGACUCGAGUCACGCACGCGACUCCAGCAGGUUUUUUUGCACACUCUGCUGACAGGGACUGGGAAUGCGAUUCCAGCCUGCCUCCUGAUGCAUCGAACUGCAAAGACAUCGGUCGGCAGUUGGUUGAAGAUCUACCAGGAAAAAAGUUCAAUGUGAUCAUGGGCGGCGGACGUCAGCUUAUGCAAGCGAAUUCUCCUGAUUUACCACAGGAUCCGAUUGUAAUGUUCGACUCAUGCGUAAGAACAGACGGACGAGACCUGAUUGCAGAGUGGGCAGAAGAGAAAAAGUCUUGGGGAGCGCGCUACGCUCUGCCCAACAACACCAGAGAUUUGUUGAAUGUUGAUGUAUCCCAGACCGAUUAUCUUUUUGGACUAUUCCAAAAUAGUUACCUUCCUUAUGACUAUAUAAGGGAUAAGUCUGAGAAUGGUGUCCCUUCUCUAGAAUUAAUGACUACGACUGCAGUCAAGCUUCUUAUGAAAAAUGAAAACGGAUUUUUGUUGAUGGUUGAAAGUGGAAUGAUUGAUAUUGCUCAUCAUGCUGGUAAAGCGAGGAUAGCUUUGCAUGAAGUUAUGGGAUUGAACGAUGCUGUCAACAGUACCAUCAAACUGCUCAAGGAUGCCGGAAUUGAAAAAGAGACCCUGCUAAUUGUGACUAGCGACCAUUCCCAUACAUUGACAAUAAGUGGUUAUGCAGAUAAAGGAAACAGUAUUUUGGGCCUCGCAGGCAAAUCAAAAGUAGAUGGAGUGCCAUACACCACUCUGGGGUACGCAAACUCGGGUAUAGCAAACUAUCACUACACGGCAGUCAAUGGCACCGUUGUCCGAGAAGAUCCUUCAAAGGUAGACACAAUGUCUUGGGACUAUGGGCAGCAAGCUGCUGUACUUCAGGAUGAGAAUACACAUGGUGGAAACGAUGUCUUUGUUUAUGCUUCAGGUCCUUAUGCUCAUCUAUUUCAUCGCAUACACGAGCAGAGUUAUGUAGCUACUGUGAUGAGGUAUGCUUCCCGGAUCGGAGAGUUUUCCUCAGUCACUUCAUCUCCGUAUGGCUCCAGUUCUUCAAGUAUUCUGUCAUCUGUAUUUUUAUUAAUUAUAAUACAGUCCAUCUAUCUAUUCCAAUAAAAUAAUAAAAAAUGAAAUCGAUAAGAUAACACUUGUUUUGGACUUCGCAAACUUCCGGAUUGGCCUCUAAUAGCAAGGUGGGUUGAAACUUCAGCGUAAUAAUUAAAAAUAUUAAUUUUUAAAAUUUAGUAUUU